UUCGUGACCCUUUGAACUUGUGGGCGAGACCAUCACGUCAUUUUGAAUGCGGCGAGGAGAGUAGACAGCGGCAGCGUAGCUAGCAGGCGAAAAGUAAAGUUUCAAGGUGAAUUUAUCAAGAUGUCGGAUAGUGAAUCCAUCAAAAAAAUGUUACGGUCAGUACUGCAGUCCAGCAAAGCUGGCGUGUCUGUGAACAGCCUGCAGUUUGAGUACCGAUCGUUGUGUGGAGAGAACAUCCCACUGAAGAAGCUGGGCUUCUCAAAACUUGAAGACUACCUUCGAAGCAUCCCGUCUGUUGUCCGGUUAGAAUAUCGCAUGGGUGAGUUACAAUGUUUUGCUGCAGUGAGUCAAGAGACCGCACACAUCGCUGAGCUUGUUGCCCGACAGAAGAGUUCCAAAAAAUCUGUCCGCUCCCAAGUUGUCAACUGCAAGAUGAGAUUCAAACCCUCCAACCCAUACAUGCUCAACGUGAGACCAAAGACCUCUCUCCGUCAACCCUCCACAGGCAGUGCUUCCAACUGGUCAUCAAAUCGUUAUCGACCUCAUUGCACCCAUGGUGGCACCAGCGCUUCAGGAGACUACAGAAAGUUGGACCAAAAGUUGAGUGCCAUUACCCCCAUGGAGCACAGGUACCCAGUUGCUCAUCCAGCUCCCCAGCCAGCUGCAAAGGAAACUGUCAUGCCUCAGAGGAAAGAGAGUAGUUUAGUGACCUGCAAGCAGCCCAGAGGUGAGCCUCAGGGAAGUAUCUCAAGAACUAGCCAAUCACAGUCUUGUCACUAUGACGUGGAGCUGGUGCAGAGCAGGAUGACUCAGCUCCUGGAGAAAUACUGCAGCGGAGUGUGGAUGUCGAAGCUUUCAGGGCUUUACACUGGCAUGUUUGGACAGGAGCUCCACCCUCAGGGGCUCGUUGAUCUGGACAAGUGGACAGACAUCUGUAUGGUGGAAAAAGCAUCCAUCACUUCUCGAGCUGACUGCCUUAUCUACCCUCCUCUGCCUCCUAAGCCUUCUGUUGUCCCAAGAAAUGCUACAAACAACAUCCCUUUAACUUCUUACACUAACUACAGCACUGAAACCAAACUCAUUCCUUCUUGUCCAUCAACACCUGAACAACCUUCACCUACUCCCUGUUCUAAUUCUCAACCUAGAUUUACCUCCCAGAACCCCUUGGCUAAGCCGACCUUUUUGUUUAGACCUGAACCUGUUAGUACAUGUUCAGGCAAGCAGUCUCCCCCAGUCACAUUGCUAAGCCCUGCCCACAACCCAGCUCUUUCCUCCCGGUUCCCCCCCUGUGCCAGUUCAGCAGUCAGUUCAGACAGUGAUCGUAAAGAAAACUUUCCUGCAGCUACACUCAACCAACACAAAAACACUCCACACUUAGCCCCCACCUGGACUUGCCCCGUUAAAACAAACGCCCCUCCAUUGUCCACUUCCCACAUGCCUGGCCCUGACAUCUUGCCACUUCUGAAGGUUACCUUCACCCCUUCUCCAAACCCUCCCCCUUGCCCUCCAUCAACAUCUGCUGCUGUUUUGUCACCUGAAGUGCGUCAAAAAUUAAAGGAGCUUCUGUCCAAAUACAGUCAGGGGCUCUGGGUUCAGGGUUUGCCCCAACUCUUCAUGGAUACAUUCAAAAUGCCGUUCCCUGUGCAUGUUCUGGACAACAUCUCUCUUUUGCUGGAUAUAUGUGAUGUGGAAUACCCCGUACCAGGUGACAAGACAAAGGCCAUCCUGUACUACUCAAGCAGAGCAGAAACAGAAACCAAAAAUGGAGCAGAAGGCAAACAACGUAGCAGCCACUUCCUUCCCUCUGGUCUGGAGGUCCUGAGCCCUGUGGUACCUCCAAGUCUGGUUUUUCCCACUGAGCAGUACCCCUCUGUGCUGGUUACUGAUGCCUCGAGCAGCAAUGCUGUCACAAUAAGGUAUGUAGGUGAGAACUACUCAAACGCCCAGGAGGCUAUGGAGGAGUCGAUGCAGUCAUUCUACAGCCAGUGCUCCAACCAGCAGCCUCUGUCUGACCCUGUGGCCGGUCAGCUGGUAGCAGUCAGAGGGGAAGACGGGGAAGAGCUGGCCAGAGCUCAGGUUAUGGAGGUUAAAGCCAAAGAAAAAGUCAAGGUAUACUACGUUGAUUACGGGUUCUCCGUGGAGACAGAUAGGACUAAUCUGCUGGAGGUGCACCAUGACUUCCUGUCAUUGCCAUUCCAGGCAACUAAUGUUAAACUUGCAGGUCUUGAGACGUUCAGCUCCCAUCCACAGCUGCUGUCCUCCUUGGACAAAUUAGCAGUGGGGAACAUUCUUCUGAUGGAGACACUAGAGCUAGCAGAGAAUAAGAUUCCCACGGCAGUGCUGUAUGACACUUCGCAGGAUGAGGACAUCAACAUCAACUCCACCUGUCUGAAGGCUCUUCAGGACAAGACCAUGAACAACCCUCUGACUGUAAAUGCAACAUAUCGGGAUGUUUGUGUCACAAACAUUUGUGCAAACGGCAUCAUUCACUGCCAGCUGCCCUCCAGAGGAACAGCAAGACUCAGCAAGUUGCUUGAGGACACAGAGGCCAUCCUUAAGACUCAGAUGACAUCCGACCUCCUGGUGUCCCGACCUUUCAAUAGAAAGCUCUGCCUCGCCCGACAUAAAGGAACAUGGUCUAGAGCGGAGAUCACCAACAUGUAUGGCAACAGAGUGAUGGAGCUCCUCUUCAUUGACUUAGGAGUUCAAGCAACUGUAGAGGUCACUGAUCUUCGAGAGAUCCCCCCUGUGUUUGUCAAAGACUUGAGCAUCAUUCCUCCACAGGCUAUCAAGUGUCGCCUGGCUGAACUCCCAGUUCCAGAUGGAGACUGGAACUCAGAGGCUGUUCUGUGGAUGAAGGAGGCCAUCAUGGCGUCUGACAGUUGUAAAAUCAAGAUUUUGAGGCUAGACCAGCAAAAAGAUGACUUGCUGGUUUACAUGUACCUCUUCAUUGGAACCAACAGUCAGGAGCUGGACAAGAGCAUCAACCGUCAGCUCGCCCAGUCAGAGUUAUGGCAGAAACUCACAACAAAAAACAACAAUGCAAUCACGAGCCGCAACAACAGCAAGAAUACAGAGCUAGAUGAUCUGGCAGAGAGGAUGACUUUGAGCAGCCCUGUUCCAAACCCCGACAAGACCUCAACCAAACUUCCUCUAAGAGCAGAGGACUCCUCCUCGCCAGAAACGACUGCCAAAACUGUGACGCAGAUCCUUCCCAUCCCUCCUCCUCUGGAGCUCCCCAAGCCUGGACAGAGCAUGGAUGUGUUUGUGCCAGUGGCCUGUCACCCUGGUUACUUUGUGCUGCAGCCAUGGCAGGAUCUCCACAAGCUGGUGGUGCUGAUGGGAGAGAUGAUUCUUUAUUACAACCAGAUGUGGAAGAGCAACACAGACGUACAUAUCAAGAAAGGAGAGAUCUAUGCUGCCAAGAUUGACAAGAACUGGCACCGUGUGCAGGUGAAGGGGAUUCUGGCCAAUGGAUUUGUUUCUGUGUAUGAGUUGGACUAUGGCAAACAUGAGCUGGUCCGCAAUAAUCUUCUCAGGCCACUGAUUGAGGAAUUCAGACAGCUGCCUUUCCAGGCUAUCACUGCACAACUGGCAGGUUUGACACAUACUCAGUGGUCAGAGGAGGCCUCCAUGCUAUUCAGAAAUCAUGUCGAGGAACGAGCACUGGUGGCCCAGGUAGUGACUGCACAGGAGGUGUCGGGUGAGCUGUGGCAACCAACAUUGACGGUUUACCUAGUGGACACCACGCUAGAGGAUAGGGACCUCUGGAUUCACACUAUCAUGGCUGACCUUGGUGGUGAGCUGUCCUCAGCAGCUUAGGACGUCAUCACGCCAUGUUAGGAAACCAUCAUAGAAGCUUUCUGACUCCUAAAAUGCAGUCUUGAAUGCCGUUUGUUCCUUUGCUGGUUCUUUUACUAAACGGGACAAAAGUGUGCAGUGAACUAGAAAACCAACAGUCCCUUGUCAACUUAAAAGAAAAUUGUUUUGUUCCUGAGGUUUUUAUAGGCUAAGUGUCUGAAAAUCAGAUUAAUCUCCAAAGCUCUACCAAGUACUGUUGCACUCAAAAUUAACAAGCAUGACGGAAAACAUGGUUCAGCAUCAAAUGUCAUUCCAAAACAAACGCACUCUGAGAAAUUGACCUUCAAUUUGUUUUAUUAAUAUUCAUCACUUGUGUUUAUUUUAGACUUAAUUUCUUUGUUUGCUGUGCCUCUUGCAUGCAUUAUUGUAUAUUAUUUUGCUCCUUGAAGUGUUUAGAUAUGUUUUAAGACUAAUCCAAGCUGAAUGACCUAACUUUGUGAAUGUACAUAACUGUUACUUGACUGAUGGGUACACAUUUUUGUGUAUUAUCUUAUGUUACUUGGCUUAAAAGAGUAAGUUACUAUUUUUCAGUGUUAUUUCAAUUUGAGAAGCUGUUGCAGAAGAUUUGUUCUAAUAAAACAUUAACCCAA